GAAAUGUAAUUAGCGUCAACGAAACGAAUCGGUGGAUACGGUGUCGUUGUGCUUUUCUUUUUGUCGAACGUCGUUUUCGCAUUUUAAACAGAAAUACAACCUACAAAUGGUGAUGGAAACAUAAUUUUAAUAAGAUGAAGUCCAUUGUGGCUUAUGUGCGCAGUCUUCUACGUUGGUGUGAUGAAGAUGACCCAGCCAUUAGAACAAGCUUCAAACGAGACAGGACGGAUGACAAUGUUUUGUGCGACGAGGCACCGGCACUUAAGCGACUCAAGCAGCUGAGAAGCACCAAUUUCCCCGACGUUAUGUCUUCUAAUGAUGCCUGGGAAAAGAAGGAAAACAACGUUCGGUAUGUUCCUAUACAAGUAGAGAGUGGGCACCCUAGCACAUCAACCCCACUGGAGAUGAAUCGUUCAGGCAGCCGAGGCCGAACUGUGCCGGUGAAGUUAGUGGAUGUGACGGGCCAUGAGUCGGCUACUCCACUGCGGAAGCCUAGAAUGCACACCCCAGUGCGACCUGUAAUGCAUGCUGUGGUUGAUGAUGAUGAUGACGACGAUGAUGAGGAAGAGGUCACAUGGGUGGAUUGCUCUCCAUCCACGCCAGGAAAAUCUAAAAAACCUUCAAAAGUGUACAUAGAUCUGGAAGAUGAGAACCAUGACCAGGAGGAAACUGAGAAUGACGUAAUAUUUGUCAAGAAAGUCUCCGACCCCCAGGGAAAGCCCUUCAAAUUCUUCGUAACUAAAAACUAUAGAAAAGAACCCACAAAAGAUGUACCUUACUACAGGAUAAGCAGAAAGUUGAACGACAGACGUCCCAUGUCACCUAGAAGUUACACUCAGUUUAAAGCCCCAGCUGGCAUCAUGAAAACUAAUAAGAAAACAGCCAUUCCUAAGUGGAUGCAACCACAGAAACCCUCAACCUUCCCGCGGAGUAGACUGCUAGACACCAACGGAUCAAACAUUAGAUCAACACUAUCGGGAAUAUUCAAUUUAGAUGAGAAGAGAAAUUACCAAGAGUUGAUUAGAAGAGUAGCGGGAACAACGAAACCAGUUUCAUUCUCUAAGCCAAUAGAUAUAGUAGAUAUAGCUGACGAUUCUGCGUCGUUCCGGAAUACGCAAAGAGCGCAGAGGAAGUCUUUAAAUGAAAUAAGAUUAGUUGAAAAAGGUCUUUUAGCGGAGCGAGAAGGCGAAGCAUCUAAAGAAUAUGAUCCUAUUACAGUUGCAUCAAUCAACUCUUCAGAUUCUGAAGUGGAAGUAGUACCUUCAGAAUCAUCCACUUCAUCUUCAGUUAGAAUCGACCCCAUUAACUCAUUAAAAGACUCGUACAGAGAUAAAGACGUGACCUCGACGGAUUGGCUCGCAAAAAUAGAUUCUAAGUAUAGAAAAAAAAGGCAAGAAACUCAAGAGAAGUUAAAAGAUGCGCGGCGCGAAUCUGACAUUAUUUCUAAGGUUAACUAUGAGCAGAAGUUGGCACAUUUAGAGCAUAAGUUGAAAUAUGAGUUGAGCAUACCGGAGAGUCUCAUUGAGGAGCCCCAGCCAACUGUAGAGCUCCCGGAGCUGACUCCGGAGCAAGAGAAACUGAUCAAUAGGGCCAUAGGCCCCGGUCCAUCUGGACAAUUGAUUAUAGAGAAAUUUAAUUUAAGAAUACACAGACGCGACCUCCAAACGCUGAGCGGCCUGAACUGGCUGAACGACGAGGUCAUCAACUUCUACAUGAACCUCAUCAUGCAGCGCUGCGAGGAGCGCGCGGAGCUGCCCCGGACAUACGCGGCCAACACCUUCUUCUACCCCAAGCUCAUGCAGAGCGGCCAGGCAGGCCUCCGCCGGUGGACACGGAAGGUGGACAUAUUCGCGCACGACCUCAUGGUGGUCCCCGUUCAUCUCGGCGUCCACUGGUGCAUGAGUAUGGUCGACUUCCGAACCAAGAAGAUCCAAUACCUGGACAGUAUGGGAGGAAAAAACCAGCCGUGUCUCAAUGCCCUACUGCAGUACUUGAAAGAUGAACACCAAGACAAGAAGGGACAGCCUUUUGAUGAUAAUGGGUGGAGACUGGAGUGUUUAAGCAAGGACAUCCCGCAGCAGAUGAACGGCAGCGACUGCGGCAUGUUCUCGUGCACGUUCGCGGAGUUCUCGGCCCGAGGCGCGCCCUACUCCUUCUCGCAGCAACACAUGCCCUACCUGCGCCGCAAGGCGGUGCUGGAGAUCCUCACUGGACGGUUGUUGCUGUAAACAAACUACACAUACACACUACACGACUCCAUACAGAAGCAACGUUUCCAUGUGUGAACGGCACAUCUGUACACGCGCCACGAGUCAUAGUGUGAACUGCUUAAAAAUAGUACUGAGCGGCCGGCAAACGGCCGUCAAUCUGCUGUCGCGGGGCGAGGUCAUUCGAGUCGGGGCGGGGCGGGGCGUGGCCGUUCUGUAUGAUAAUACUACUACUUAUUCUGUGACACGUGUCCAUACAGAAGCACCAGUACAUUUUGAAGGCGAGCGCGCAAGUACGCAAGGCAACUUUGAAAAAUCAUUAUAAUAGUAGAAUCUACUCAAAUGAUUUUUACGCCUAAGACCACAGAAUAAAAAAUAGCCACAACCGAAUACAGAACCUCCUCCUAUGAAAUUGAAGUCGGUUAAUAAUAGUACGAAAAUGAAACUUCCUACAAAACCGAAGUUUGACAGCGGUUAAGGAUUUAAUCAUACUAUCCCUUUCUAAUAUAUGGUACUAUCCCUUUCGGCUAUUUAGGGUUGUCUAAAUUCAAGUCAUUAUCUUAUCUGUGGUCAAUGGUCAUGCACGCAAAGGGACGUCAAGUUGUGCCAACCCUAAUAAUUGCUCGGAGCUAUGCUGAGCCGAACGGAGCCGAGUUUGCUCGAAGCGAGGAGUUUCGCACCCCUACCAAGACCCUAAUCUGUUAAACAAGUCAUUGUUUCUUUUGUGCGAGCGGUCGGCCAUUGUGUCUGAGCGCGUGGCACGGAUUAAAGUCUUAGCCGUAAUCAUGUGAGAAGAUUCAUACUAUAACUACUGCUGUAGUCAGAGUCUUCAUGGCAGAUCCAGACAGCAAACUAGUGAAAAAAAUUCACAUAUCAAGGAUGAGAAAAUUACAAAAAUACCUUACCUCUUCCGUAAGACAGCUAAAGAUUACUGGAUGGCUACUGUGUAGUUAACACAUGAUGCAGUGUAUAGAAAACCGGAGGAAAUAUAUUUCCACAUUGUGAGGAAAUGGAAUGAAAUAAAUGAAUAAUGGAACCUUACUCAAGUGUACAACUUUACGCUCCUAAAGUGACUCCAUCCAUACAGAUUACCAAUAAAGUGAAUGGGCAAUAUAGUGUUAUUUAUUUUCUUUAUAUUUAUUGGAAUAAAGGUGUUAUAUAAAAAAAACCAGUGAACUUACAGUCUAAAAUCAUUAGUGAAGUGAAUAUGCCAUCUUUAAUGACUGGCGUCUAUGGCCUUUAUCCGUAAUCAGUGUAAUGGUUUUUCGGUAAAUUCUACUUGGAUUUGAAACAUUUGCAUGAAGUGUUUGUCAAAGUUUUAUUUAUUACGAGCAUUUUCUGUAGUUAUUCUCCUUUUUUAAAAUUAAAUACAAUCAUGCUUAAUAAAACAGUACGCCUACAUAAUUCUCUAAUCAACCUACAGAAAGUUCUUUGAAAAUUAAAAUUUUGUCAAAAACGCAAAUGUUGUAGGUUCUACAGUGAACCAGUGAAGUGAUUUGACAUUAGGUGUAAAGACGGUUUUUUUGGGGUAGGCUACGAGCUAAGUAAUAUUGUAUGUAUUACAAUAAGUGUAACAUCAGCAUUUGGGGCAUUUUCUAUGAAAAGGGACCUUAUUGUCGAUGGCGCUUACGCCGCACAGCGUCGCGCGGCAUUGUAUUUAUAUCGGAGCAUCGUUUUUAAUAGCGUAAGCGCCAUCGACAACAAGGUCCCUUUUUAUAGAAAAUACCACAUUUAAUUUAUUUACGGACUAAUCAGCCAAUUUCAAAUUGGAAACCACAUUAAAUGUAUUUCUGCUUUUAUGCUUAUAAGACAAUUGUUUUUUUACUUUUAUGCACUCAGAUAAACCUAUUCUGUUAUAUUCACUUCGGAAAAUGGUUCGGAAACUUUUAAAACACAUAUCUACUAAACUAAAAGCACUCCAGCAGCACUUAAUAAGGUACCUUCAGAUGCAUAAGUGUUAAAUAAAGUGCUUUUAGUACAGUAGAUACUUCAGUUUUCAAGUUUCUUCCGAAAUUAUCCAAUGCACCUAUUAGUAUUCAUUGGCUCAAAUAAAUGUUAAAAAUGUAUGUAUGUAUGUCACUUUGUUACACAUAAACAAGUUUACACAAAAUAUACAAAGGCAAACUUAUCCCUAAUAGAGAUCUCUUCCAGCUAACCUUUGAGGGAAUUAGAGAGGGACAAACAUUAAAAGGUGAAAGACAACUAAAAAUGAACAAACUAAUUUUGUAAUGAAAAAUAAUUCGAAGGCAAUCCAUAUCAUUUGCAUUGACAUAUUUCAAUAAUUAUACUAAAAUCAAUUUCUAUAAGUACCAAGAAAUAUUAUAUUCACCCUGUUCAUUAUGGGAUAGAACCAGGCAUCGUAAACUGCGAGCGAAAUCCAUUAAAAUGACGUACUUUGACUUGACAACAACGUCAACAACCCUAGUACUUCAAUGGAUUUUGCUCGCAGUUUACGAUGCCUAGAUAUAACCCUUAAAUGCAUAUUGUUGCCCAAUGUAUACAAAGCAUUGGACAGCUCACAGAUUCAACAGAAAAAAGCUUAAACAUUAUUUAUUAAAAUCAUUUUUUCCAACCAAAAAAAAAUCAUGCAUUUAAGGGUUAAUGCCAACUGCUUAUAAUGAGUGUAUGAACGUUUUUUAAUUUAUUUGAGGUGAUUUUAAUGAGUUUGACAAAUAGCAAUUAAUAAUAUUGUCUUCGGUUACCGCGAUAGUUACUCAUGAAAUAAAACUAUGAAAACGGAUUAUA